CCCACUGCCAGCAUUGAAGUUGCGAGUCUUCUUCUCAGGGUUUUAAGGCUGUCCUCUUGUUCUUAGUAUGCUGGCUACUGCUCUUGCGAGAAUGUCGCGUAAUGGUGUUUCAGCAGCUUUUGCCAGGACAAGUGCAGUUGCCGCUCACAUGUCCACCAGCACUCAGGCAGUGCCAUUAGAACAACUGGUGCUAUAUGAGUCGAACGGCGCGACGCGCACUUAUGUCUUGAACCGAGCAAGCAAACUGAACGCUCUCAAUAGUGACAUGUUCAAGUCACUGAGACCUCAACUGGAGCAAUGGUCAAAGUCCGACCUAUGCAAGAUUGUUGUCGGGACAGGUAUUGGCCGUGCAUUUUGUGCAGGAGGUGAUAUUGCAACUGUACUACAGCAUUCACUGGAAGAUGAUACUCGUUCAAAGGCUAUAGAAUUCUUCAAAGACGAAUUUGAAAUGAACUAUAUCUUGUCUGCGUUGCCGAAGCCAUACGUAACCAUCUUGGAUGGUAUCACAAUGGGCGGAGGAGUCGGACUUGCUAUUAGUGCUCCUUUUCGUGUUGCAACGGAGAAGUCGCUAUUUGCUAUGCCAGAAACCAAGAUCGGUUACUGCCCCGAUGUCGGAGCAAGCUUCUUCUUGUCCAGGAUCGACGGCGAAAUUGGCACAUAUCUUGCCCUGACCUCAGAAACUCUUGCCGGCAGGGAAGUCUUUGAACUAGGAUUUGCUACCCACUUCGUAUCAUCAAGAACGGUGCCCAAUCUGUUGAAUCGUUUAUCUGAUUUGGAGGACCCCUCGUCUGCCGUAAUUGAUCGGACCAUCGAGGACCAUCACGCAAAACGUCUUCCAGACGAACCGGUUGGCAAACUGACGGGCCGUACGCGCCAAGCCCUUGACUUUGCAUUCCGGCAUGAUACAGUUGAGGAGAUCGUGGAAGAUCUCACUAAGUUGACCUCAACCUCGGAUGACACGGUUGCUAAAUGGGCAUCGGACACACUAAAGACCUUGUAUAUGCGGAGUCCGACUAGCCUCAAAGUAGCGUUGGAAGCGGUCCGACGAGGAAAGACGAUGACACUGCUCGAGGCUCUUCAAAUGGAGAUGGGUAUUGCCACAGCUUACUGUAGCGGAGCAAGUUCCGAUUUCAAAGCAGGAAUAACCGCGGUCCUAGUUGACAAAACAAAGGGCCGCCCUGCCUGGUCUCCUUAUCAGAUCAAUGAUGUCACAGAUGAGAUACUGAGACGAUUCUUUGCGAGCAGCUCCAGCUACCUUAGCGCCGCGCCUACCUUGACACCACCAGACUUCCUUUCGAAUGUCAAACAAAACCCGAUGAAGUUCGCUCUGCCAACUGAAGACGCCAUCUUACAGUUUGUCAAAGCCAGGAAAGAUCUCCCCCUUUCUGAUCUACUGACACAUUUUGAUAAUCUUCACUCGGGCAAGCAAGGUGUCGCAGAGAAAGUGGUAGAGGUAGUGAAGCGCCGUUGUGAUGUCAUUGGUAAUCAGGGCUUUGAGGUAAUUACAAAGAGCAAUAGCAAUAGUCAUAGUCUACUCCCGUAGUUGCGGCACAGUAUACCGUCCUCGAUAAUCAUUGCUGUAUAUGUUUCGCACGCAUGCAAUUGUCACCAUGUCGUCCGCAACGCGGCGGACCGGAACCGUAGUCUAAUUCUUGGCGAUGACUGUUUGAACCUUGCCCUUCUUCCCUAAGGAGAAAAGUGUGCGG